AUGUGCCGGGCGCUCCCGGGCAGCACAAAGCCCCCCUUCCAGAAAGCUGUCGCACAAAGCCGAAACCCCGCGCGAACCCCAACCCGCUGGGCUCGGCACAUCCCUCCUGCCAGUGCGGGCCCGGAGAGGCGGCCCCGGUGGCAGCCCUCCUCCGCCUCCGCCGCAGCGGAGGGCUCGGGGCCCCCCGGCCGUCGGGUCAGCCUGUCGAGACCCCCCGGUGUCUACGUGGGCACCGUCCCCACGGGUGGUGUCAGCAGCUUGGGCACCCGAGUGUCCCGCAGAGCCCUGGGCAUCAGCAGUGUCUUCCUGCAGGGCCUGCGCAGCUCCUCUGCUGCCGUGCCCCUGGCCCCGGGGCUGGAGAAGGGCAGGGCUCUCUCCUACGAGAGCCUGAAUGGCUGCUUGGUGGAGUACAUUGAGAAAGUGCGAGCCCUCGAGCAGGUCAACCAGGAGCUGGAGGAGCACAUCAGAGUCUACCUGGACAAGAAAGCGGCCAGCGUGGGCAGCUGGGGCGCCCUGCGGGAGAACUGGGAGGCCAUUUACCACCAGGUGGGUGAAGCAGUCCUUGAAAAUGCUCGUCUUAUGCUGCACACCGAGAACAUUCAAGCCUGUGCUGAAGAUUUUAAAGACAGGUAUGAAAAUGAGCAGCCAUUCAGAAAGGCAGUGGAAGAUGAAAUUAAUUCCCUAUAUAAAGUGAUUGAUGAUGCUAAUUUAACUAAAAUGGAUCUGGAGAGUCAGAUAGAGAGCAUGAAAGAAGAACUAAAUUUGCUGUCAAAGAAUCACGAAGAAGAUGUGAAGGUGUUGUACAAGCAGCUUGCUGGAUCUCAACUGGAAGAACUUGAUGUUCCCCUGGGAAGUGGCCUGGAUGACAUACUGGAAAAAAUCAGAAUCCACUGGGAGAGAGACAUUGAAAAGAAUCGUGCUGAGACAGGCGCCCUGCUUCGUACCAAGAAGAGGGGUCUGGAAAACUCUUUAUACGAUGCCAAGCACUGGCACGACAUCGAACUGCAGAAUCUAGGCUCUGUCAUUUCCAAGUUGGAGGCAGAGAUGGGAGAAAUCAAAGUAGAAACCGAGCAGCAGCAGCGGGAUCGCGAAAGUCUGCUGACCAGCAAACAACAGCUGGAGAAAGACAUUGCUGCCUAUCACUGCCUGCUGGAUGGAGAACAAAGCAGGUACUUGUCCUUAAAAGCAAGUGUGCCAUGA